CUUAUGUUAAUUGAGAGCUGAGUUUAUGAGAUAGCCACCUGUCAGUGACCUUGCUGGAUGGUCUAUUCCCUCCUGGGUAAACUAGUACAGACAGGCUUUAAUUAAAUGAAGAAGAAAAAAAUGACAGAGCCCCUGAUUUAGUUUCUCACUUUUUGAGGUGUGGUCAAAGGCGCGUAGUCAUUCCUUUGAAGUGAUCCAUUGCUAAUGUCUUUCUGUAUCUCUCUAUGCAGUCAUAAUGCCUCCCAUACCAGAGGCUGCUCGGAUAGGGGAGCCAGUCCAGAUCAUCACCACCACUGAUGAUCAUUCCUUUGAGUUGAACCAUGAAGCCUUAGAUGAGCUGCUUCUCAAUGAGGAUGUAAGAGACAAGAAGGUGUGUGUCGUCUCAGUGGCAGGAGCUUUUAGGAAAGGGAAAUCUUUCCUUCUAGACUUCAUGCUCAGAUACCUCAACAUGCAAGGAUCAAGUGACUGGCUUGGACCAGGAGACCAACCGUUAUCAGGGUUUUCCUGGAGGGGAGGUUCUGAGAGGGAGACUACAGGGAUCUGGGCUUGGAGUAAAGUAUUCCUAUGUCCUGGACCUAAUGGUGAAGAGGUUGCAGUGAUCUUAAUGGACACACAGGGAGCCUUUGAUUCUGAGUCAACAGUCAGAGAUUGUGCUACAGUGUUUGCUCUAAGUACCAUGACUAGCUCAGUUCAGGUUUAUAACUUGAGUCAAAAUAUUCAGGAGGAUGACCUACAGCAUUUACAUUUGUUUACUGAGUAUGGAAGACUUGCUAUGGAGCAGGAUAGUUCUGGAGCCAAACCAUUCCAGUCUUUGAAUUUCCUGGUUCGUGAUUGGAGCUUCCCCUAUGAAUAUGCCUUUGGGGAAAGUGGAGGUUCUAAGUUACUUGACAAGAAGUUACAUCAAUCAGCUUAUCAUAAAGAGUUACAGGAUGUGCGACAUCAUAUCACAAGCUGCUUCAAGAGACUUGGCUGCUUUUUGAUGCCUCAUCCUGGUCUAGCUGUGGCUAACAAACAAGAUUUUGAUGGAAGAUUAGCAGAUAUCAGUGAAGAUUUCAAGACCCACCUACAGGAAUUAGCUCCUCUUCUUCUUUCGAAGGACAAUCUGAUUGUCAAGGAGAUCAAUGGCACUAAGGUCACGUGUCGAGCACUUCUAGAGUACUUUAAGGUCAGGGCUUACACAGUCAUGUCUAAGGGUUAA